ACUUUUCAACUGUCAACUGCUAAACGAAUCGAGAGAAGAAGCUCGAUAUUUUUUCGCAAUCCUCCUCCGUGUGUCGUACGCGUUCCGUUGCGCGUUUCAUUUGCAUAUAUUCUCCUGUGUGUGUCGUCGUCGGUCGCGGGAGUACCGUUUUUCGUUUUUUCGCUCCGUUUUUCAACCCAGCGGAAGAAAGGUACCCCUUGUAAGCCUAGCAGAGUCUAGACAAUAAAUGUGAGUAGUUCGGCGCAGCAGUUCCCCUAAUUCCCGUAGUGUGGUGGCCAUUCCGUCAACCUCCCGCGCGAUAACUGCGUAGUCAGCGAACCAAUUACCAUUCCCCGCCCUCGCUGCGGUCACCCCCUCGUACAAAAGAACUAGGCUUGCACCCGGACGACAGGAGGAAUAAGAAUCAGCCCCCCUCUCCCUGCUGGCAAGAGGAAGAAGCGCGCAGAGAUAACAACAAUCGGCGGGGCCUUGAAUCGUCGACAGUGGCGCCGCCGCCCCGGGGGCAAUUGUUGACCAGCAGCGUUAGUCAUCACCGUCAUCACCUUGUUGAAGAAGCUAUGAGCUGCGCGGUUGACCGCUGAAGAUUUUAAGCAGAAAAGACAACUUGCAGGAAGUUCCCUCGUAGAAGAGUAGCGAGAAUCCGGAUUCACCGUAGAAUCAGCAGAAAUAAACCAAUCGCAGUACAUCCCACAAACCAGCUAGCAACAAAAUGGGCCAGACACUGUCGGAGCCGGAAACGUCGAAGGAGUCGGCGUUCUGCCAGAACGACUACUACAAGGUCGGCUCGAGCUGCAUGCAGGGCUGGCGCAUCCACAUGGAGGACUCGCACACGCACAUCCUGUCGCUGCCGGACGACCCGGGCACGGCGUUCUUCGCGGUGUACGAUGGCCACGGUGGGGCGAACAUUGCGCAGCACGCCGGCAAGCACCUGCACAAGUACGUGACGCGGCGACCCGAGUACGGGAGCGACAUGCGGAAGGCGUUGCAGCGGGGCUUUUUGGACAUUGACGAGGCCAUGCUGAACGACGACUCGCUGAAGGAGCAGAUGGCGGGUUCGACGGCGGUGACGGUGCUGGUGAAGAGCGAUCGGUUGUACUGUGCUAAUGCGGGCGAUUCGAGGGCGAUCGCUUGCGUUGGGGGGAAGUUGGACGUGCUGUCGUUUGACCACAAGCCGAACAAUACGAACGAGCUGGAGAGGAUAAAGAAGGCGGGUGGGUACGUGGAGUACAACAGGGUGAACGGAUAUUUGGCACUUUCGCGGGCACUCGGAGAUUUUAGCUUGAAGCGCAACUCGAACGUACUGCCGGAGGAGCAGGUUGUGACGGCGUGGCCGGACAUUGAGGAGCGGGUUGUGAACGACGAGUGGCAGUUUAUGGUGAUUGCGUGCGACGGCAUUUGGGACGUGCUGCCGAGCCAGUCGGUGAUGGAGUUUGUGCAGGCGGAGAUCGCGCAAGGAAUUUACCCGCAGAACAUUUGCGAGAACCUGAUGACGCGCUGCCUGGCGCCGGACUGUCAGAUGGGUGGAAUCGGCGGCGACAACAUGACGGUGAUCAUCGUGUGCUUUCUGCACGGCCGACCGUACGAAGACCUGGUGAACAAGUGCAAGGAACAGGUCGCGGAGAUGAACCGCAAGAUGGAGGCCAUGUUCAUCGACAACGAUCACCAGUCGCCGGCCACGUCGGCCAGCUCGAAGGACCCGGCGACGGAAAACGAAGACGAGAAUGUCCCCUCGCCGCUGACGUCCCCGGAACAUUCGCCCAAGGCCAGCAGCGAAAAGACAAAGCCCCCGAAAGGCCAGGACGGCGCCGGCGGACAGUCCUCGGAGGACGACACGAGCGAGGAACUCGAUCUCAAAUAAGGUUCGGACUGUGUGUAGAGCUCCGUUGUGUCUUGUCGUUGGUGGUUCCUUCCAAAAAAGAAAAAAAAAAAACAAAAACUCUUGUGAAUGCCUGUAGGUUGUUAUUGUGUCUAUUGUUUUCUUUUUUAAACCAUACUCUAUAGAACAAACGCGUAUAUUAAAAUAGUAGCUGUGUAAACUGUCUAAAUUUUCCAAAACUCAAACAGACAUCGUUUGCUCAUCAUCCCCCAUGUUCUGCUUAAGUUAAUCGUAACCGUAGAGUGUGUAACUUGGUGUAGUUUACAAAUUAGUGAUUAGCACGUUGUGAGGCCGACCCCUAACGGUGGUUUCGCAGUAAAUUCCUUUAAUUUUUUUUUUGUUUACACAAGACAGAGCGCGUUCUCGCCGAGCAGGAGAGGUUAAAGCUUUAUUUUUUAUUACUCAUCAUUGUAGAUAUCCUGUGUUAGCAAGAAGAAGAAAAUAAAGAUAAAAAAAGAAAACCGAAAAUACAAAUCAGUGAGCCAAAAAUGUGGAAGAAUAAUCAGAGAUCAAAAAUCAAACAAAUGAGGACAAGAUGCAAUUAAGAUGAAACUAACUAACAUGAAAGAAUACGCUUCUCUAUAUUGUAGUAGGAAGAGACUUUUUUAUCGAGCUAAAACUUAUCUUACUCAUCUCGCUGACGUCGCGGGAAACGCUAACCUUUACGGAAAAAACACACAAUACAAAACUAUCUAGAAAUAGGACAUCUUUUAGAGCAAGUUUUUAUUUCUUUCUUUUUUAACUAUUAAUUUUAGUUACAUUUCUUAUUAGUGGUAACAAUUCUUAAAAAUUAUACACACACACUCACCUUGAUAAGUAACACCCACAAAUUAAAAAAAAACACGUAAAAUGUCGAAAAGAAGCAUAGUCCCCCUUUACUUUUAAACAAACAACAAAAAACACAACUAGAUGUGAACCUAAGAAGCACACACAACCCCACAAAAAAUUUAAAAAAAAAAUCAAAAAGGCAACCCUGUUGAUUGAAAAAAAAUCCGUUUGCAUUCGUCGUACGCUACCGCCGUCGUCGCAGCAGCAAGUAGUGUUUGGGUUUUGCAGAACUCGGAACUUGUAAAUACAUUACACGCGCAGAGUUAAAAGAAUAACUGGCACCACGAGCACGUCUGGUUAAUUAAUGAAAACUAAAAUAUGUGCACUCUGUCUGGAAGCAAGCAGCAAAACAGCAACAACAACAAACAAAAAAAAA